AUGUUGGCAUCGCAAGUUCUCCAGCUCUCAUGGUUGACGGUUGCUGUACUGACAGUUGGCGUUCUGGGCUUAUUCAUAUCAUGUUUUCCACUGCUACAAACGGAUAGACGCCUUCCCAAGAUCCCUGGCCCUCUUCUGAAUUAUUUCGUGGGAUUAGGUAUUUCACUCCCACCAUAUACGUUAACUAAGUUCCGCAAGUGGGCUGGCGAGUAUGGCGACAUUUAUCGCGUCCAAGUUGGCUGGCACCAUUGGGUUGUUUUGAACUCGCCAGAGGCUGUUAAGAUCGUGUUCGACAAACAGCUGCAGAUGCCCAUGUCGGAUGUGGUAGUUGGUGGGAUGCGUGUGCCGACGAUGUCGUACGGUCCGAAGUGGCGAGCCUACCAACAGCUCUGCCACCAGAUCUUAACCGCCAAAGCAGUUAACAGCUUUAUCCCAUACCAGACUGUUGAGAUUGCACGACUCCUGAAUGAUCUCGCUACAAAGAACACCGAUGAUUCCGCAUUUUAUAAAGACAUCAACCGUAUGUUGUUCUCGACGUUGAUGCGCGCCGUCUAUGGACGGUCGACAGAAAGCGUCAACGACGAAGACCUCAAAUAUACCGAACAAAGCGCAAAGCUUCUCUCCAAGAUUCAGCAGCCGGGAUCCUAUAUCGAAGAUAUGCGGAUGUGGAAUCGUCUCAAGGAGCAAUUCACAAGCUUAUCAGCGCCAUCAUGUUACGCUAAGCAGAUGAUUGAAUCUGAUUUCAGACAGCAGGGCCUCAAAGAAGAAGACCUAGCUUGGAUUGCUGGUGGACUCGUAGACGCCGGCUCCGCCACAUCGACCGCUACAUUCCACAACCUCAUUUUAUAUCUCGCUGCUUUCCCCGAGGUCCAAGAAACCGCUGCGGCUGAGAUCAAUCGAGUGAUUGGAGAUUCCCGUAAGCCCGCUAUGGCCGACAUACCACAACUACCAUAUGUAUGGGCUUGCAUCAAGGAGGUACUGCGGAUUUGUCCCAUGCCGCCCUGGGCCAUUCGCCAUUUCACAGAUGCCGAUGUGGUUUACAAGGAUAUGGUCAUCACCAAAGGUACUGCGGUCAUCUGCAACACUGUAGCCUUGCAUUACGAACCCAAAAAGUACCCCGAUCCGAUGGCUUUUCGGCCAGAGGACCAUAUCAACAAUACAAAAUUUGCUGGCGAUUACGCGGCGAUGUCCGACCCGCAGGCGCGCAAUCACUUCACAUUUGGCGUUGGACGAAGGGUAUGCCCGGGAACACGGCUGGUAGAAAGCAAUCUCGCUUUGAUGUUGGCCAACAUGCUAUGGGCAUUCGACAUACAGCCACCUCUCAAUGGUGAGAAGGGUAAAGCUACCAUCGACGUGUCUGAUGAUGCCUUCGAGCCCUAUCCUUUGCGACAUGCAAAGCCUUUUAAAGUGCGUUUUGUCCCGCAAAAUGAGCAUCGUCUGGAGAUGGUUCUACGUGAAGGAAGAGAAGCGCAGAAGAUGUAA